UUCUCAAGUAAACACGUUUCUCAAAUAUUUUCUUGCAGUAUCUCUUUCAAGGAUCCACAGUUUGAUGAAGACUUUAUUUUCAAGGCUACUGUAUUACCUGGUGCAAAGAAACCUCCUCCAGUUCUGAAGCCAGGAGACUGGGAAAAGACCAACAAUGAUGGCAGGCCUUGGAGACCACAGCUUGGUUUUAAUCGAGACAGAAAGCCAGUCCACUUGGACCAGUCAGCAUUUAGAACUUUAGGCCAUGCAAUGCCAAGGGAAAGAGGGAUGCCAGGAAUGUAUGCCAAUGCAGUACCUCUUGGAGCUUAUGGGAGCCCAUACACCCGGCCUCUUAUGAGUGGGCAGCAGCAGAUCCCUAAAUUGCUGUCAAAUCUUAGACCCCAGGAGUCUUGGCGAGGCCCCACGCCCUUAUUUCAACAAGCACCACAAAGAACCGCUGGGGCCGCCCCGCUGCUCGCCUGGAACCGCAUGCUGCCAGCCCAAAGUCAGUACCCACCGGGCCAGUACCAGGGGCUGGGUGGGCCCAUGAACUACCCACAGAGACCUGAGGAUCGGAUGGACCGGGGAAGGCAGGUAUGGAAAUGCUGUCUGCACAUCUUCUCGGUGCGUGGCUGCAGGGGGUGGGCCUUCCUCUGCUGCUUUUCGGCCGGUGCCUGUGCCACCAGUGCAAGCACUGACAAAUAAGCCUUCCUACAGCCCCUCUGUGUGUGUGUGCUUGUGGCACGAGGCCCACACCAUCACCGUGCAUUUCAUUAAAACCAGAUCAAGCGUCUUACCAAGUCACACACCUCUUGCAGCUUGAGAAAAUAGAAUCUGAAGGCAAGUGUUUCAACCAGAGCCCUCCCUUUCUGUAAGGAAACAAACGAGAUCUACGUGCUUUGGAGAUGGAAGGAUGUCUCCUCGCUGUGUGUUUAAACUGUAGCUUCUUACAACUUGACUUUUUUUUUUGCCCCCUCAAAUGCUUACUGGCUGAAUCUAUUUAAAUGUCAGGCUCUAGUAGUCAGAGUAAGAAGCAUCUGUGAAUGUACACCUGGAAAUAAGUUUGGCUAAACGAAAACGAGCAAACGUGGUAGGAGAACAUCCAAAACUGUAGGUGGUUUUUAUCAUCGGUUUAUGAAGACGCAACAGAACAGAAAGGCCUGAAAACAGGAGGUUGUUUUGCUUAUGUGCUAUUUUUGAGUGUGUAUUCCCAGUAAAAACUCAGUCUGCAUAUUCUCUUAUGCUAGGAACUUGAGCAUUUGCAGUGCUAUUCACUAGUUUAAAACACUUUUCAGAUGUUUAUAUUAAGCUUCACGUUCUGGUACUGUUUUUGUGACUUGGAACUGUUACUCAGCAGUGGGAAGGCUACUGGCCAGUAGUGGGGAAAGAGAAAGAAAGGUACUCAGCUGCUCAGCGACUAUUUCCCAGCCCUUUAAUAUAGCAAACAAGGCAUAAACCGUUUGAAAUUUGCCUUCUAUUGGGACCUGCUUCUUCCCUACCUCUUACAAAUGUACUCCAGUCAAGUCACACUUGGGUAUAUGCUCUUAGUUUUCCUUGUGACCAUCCCAGCCCGCACGCAUUUGUUGCACAGUAUGACAGAGUCAGAUUUGAUGUUUGAUUCCUAGGGCUGUUCCCUUGUGCUUCCAGUAGUGAUUUUCUCUUAGGUCUGAACUCUGUCCUGCAGUGUGUUGGAUAACAUCCCAGUCUCCUUUGCUUACGCAGCAGGAGCUGCAAGCACAAUCCAUUUAAUACAUAAUGUACUUGAAAGUCUUACAUUUUUUGCCACUUCUGGUUCUUUGUCCACUUCAUAUUUUUCUUUUCUAUUCCGACUGGGAGACUCAGGUAGCAGAAUCCAUCACAACCACUUUGCACUGUGACAUCGUUAGCUCUGAGUUUUCUAAAGCAGUUAAUACAAUAAAGACACGUACUGUCAAAUCCAGUUUGUAACAGAAGAGCCUUUGGCCUUUGCUGGGGAAGCUUUUUGCAGAGUGCCAUGUGCUUCUGUCGCUGGUUCAGCUUGUCAGGACCAGAGCCCAGCAGAAACAGCCUGAGAGCCACUAAUACCGUUCUCAGCAUUGUCUCUGGGCUGCAGGAUUACAUCUUGCUGCUGAAAAGAUCUAUAGCCAACAAGCAGCCUGCCCCACUGCUCCCAACUCUUCAACUCGUGUUUGGCUGAACCCUUGUUAGCAGCGCUGAGAUCUCCCUUCUCUCCACACCUCCCCCCAUCUCCUACCCUGAAGCAUUUUUAGUGCAGAGGAGGCUUUUAAGAUUGGAGGAAGAACUGUCUCCAGCUCAUUCAGCUGUAGUGUUUAGUAUUGCAGCAGGAAAUGAGGAAAAGAGAGGCAAGUAUACCGUGCACCCUGGCUUUGAGUAUGCAGAGGAGGUGUGGCCAGUGCUAAUCCUUCCAGCACAGGCUUGACUGUAAGCAAAAUUAAACAGCAUGGAUCUUUAUCACAUUAGCCUUAGUGGGGAAAUGGUGUCCAGGAGCUGAAUCCUGCAGUUCGCUGAAAGAAGUCAGCGCUUCAACUAGCUUAUUCCCAACCUUAAGUCUUUGUGAAUAACAGUUGCUGCCAGGCAGCACAGAAGUGGACACGAAUUGUUUUAGAGCAGGGUGGGAUGGGGGUCAGUGCCUGUUUGGGAGGUUGGAACUGAGAUCUCGGAGCACUGUGGGCACCUACAUGUGCACUGAUAUACAACCUCUGCAGCUGCUUGCUGCCCCAGUGGUGAAAUGGGAGCCAGGAUGGCAGCCAUGCCUUUUUUGUGUUUUUUUUUUUUUUAACAUUAUUUUUGAAUGAACUUUCAGAUGCAAUUAUUUCCUUGGGGCUGAUGGCAAUGAAGUAAAAUUAGCCUCUACCUGAAAAGGUUUAGGAUGCGAAACCAAUAAUUGAAUCUAGCACUGCUGCCUGCACAUCUCAAAGCUUUAAAGCCCUGAAAAGGGAUUCAAGUGGAAGCGGUGACACAGAGCAGCAUAAAUAAUCAUCUUUGGUCCCUUUCACCUCUGAAUUUUUUUACAGCAUCCAGAACAUGGCGUGAAGAGGUUAAUAAACACGCUGCUGCAAAGUGCUUACAAAAUUAAUGCAACUGCCACGGAUAGGGGCUGCUGGGGGGUGGUGCACAUUCCCUGUGCCUCGGAGCUGGCACAGAGAAAUAAAGCAUAAAUGUGGUCGUGGAGCUGCUUGACAUCCUGAUUUUAGGCCGUGCUAAUACGUAACUGAACGUCCAGAUAAAUGCCUUGUGUAGCUGUGAAGAGCCCUCCUGAACCAUGCUUGGGCACAGACAGACGGAGCUUUCUGCUCUUUGUGCAACUGGAAGGAUUUCUCAGGGGUUGCAGGCAACUCAGCUAGUUUAAUUGUUGGGUUUUGUAUUGAUUGCGAUUAAAAACAAACCCAAGAUCUUCCUAAAGCAGCACAUUCUGCACAUCUCUCUUCAGCUCCCGCUUAAAAACAGGGUGUAAAAGAAAAUGUUUUCUGUUCAAGUCUACUUGCUUGCCUGCCACAAACACGUGGAGCGAAGCCCUCUGCCUUUUCAGUUCCAGCAGCUAUCUCCGCUCCCGGGUAAAGAUGGUUUUCUCUUUGAAAGAACAAAAUGAAGCCUCUUCAUCACCCCUUGGUCCCCCCGGUCCCUCCCCCAGGAAAAGCC